CACGAAACUUCGAAUCCAAAUAAACAAUCAAAAAGUUGUUAUUAUAAAAACAUUAAAAAUUAAAUUUACUAAGGAUGGCACAGAAGGAGCGCUGGAACGAGUCAAAAACAAAGAAUUUCAUUAACGCAUAUCUUCAAAAACCAGCAUUGUGGGAUGCUAGCAGUAAUGGAUAUUCGCAAAAAGCUGAGAAACUAAAAGCGUACGAGAGGCUUAUGGAUGAAUUUGGACUGACUCUAAAUGAAGUGAGGAAUAAGAUACGAAUUUACAGAACAACAUAUAUGCAGGAGAAGAAUAAAGAAGCUACUAUUGCCAAUUAUGUACCAAGAUUAAGUUGGUACAAUGACAUGAAGACAUCAUUUAAGGAAGGACAGGUCAAAUCCUUUGCUAAAUCACCAAUGAGACGAACGGAACUAGCUAGAGCUGUAAAGAAGGAAAAAGAACAGCAUAUUAAUGCUGAUCCAGUGUCUCCAGAUAUGCAUUUUGAGUUCAUUGAUAAUGACAUGGAAACAGAAGAUAAUAAUAGUAUUAAGGCAGAACAGAAUUCGUCAGUUCCAACACACAUAAUCAUUGAGCCAUUUGAAGAGGAAGAGGAAGAAGAACAAGAGCAUCAUGUACGAGAAUCCAACUCAUUCUCAAAAACCUCGCAUAAUUCAGACACAAAGUCGAAAUCCAGCAGUCUUUUAUCAUCCAACGAGCUAUUCCUUCAAUCCCUAAAAUCAACACUUGACAAUUUACCUGAUGAGAAGAAUAUGAGAGCUAGAAUUAAGAUACAAGAAGUUUUAUACACGAUUAUGUAUGAAAAGCCAUAGAAUUUAAGUUUCUGUUUUAAAUGUCUUAAUUAUAUUACAAAAAUCAAUGCACAUUAUUUGAGAAUAAUAAUAAGAACAUUGGGGUGACUGGCUUAAUUGAGCUGGAUCUUUCUGUUUCGAAAUGUUUAAGCUAGUUUUGAGCUAUUGGAUGUGAUUAUGUUUGAUCAUAUAGGUCACA